AUGACUGUCGGCGGCCCAACCAUCACCCUGCCCGAUGGCCAUAAGAUGCCUCAAGUUGGGUUGGGAACCUGGCAAUCGAAGCCCGGUGAGGUCGAAGCGGCAGUGAAAGAUGCUGUUAAAGCCGGAUAUCGGCUGAUCGACACUGCCGUGUGCUACGAGAAUGAGGCCGAGAUUGGCAACGCGCUCGAGGAGCUGUUCAAGGAGGGCGUCGUCAAGCGCGAGGAGAUCUUCGUCACCACCAAGCUAUGGACCACCCACUUGAACCCUGAGCGCCAGGAGGCUUCCCUCAAGGAAUCGCUCUCGGAUUUGAAGCUGGAAUAUGUCGAUUUGCUCCUAGCGCACAUGCCGACCGCUUUUAAUGAGGACAUGUCUGGACAUGAAACGAAUGUCAAAGUCGAACAAAUUUGGCAGGGGAUGGAGGAAUUAGUCAAGAAGGGCCUCGUCCGCUCCAUCGGUGUCUCCAAUUUCAACAUUGAGCAGAUCGAGCGCGUCGUCAAAGUCGCCAAGGUGCCGCUUGCCAACGUGCAAGUUGAGCUGUACAUCUACCUUCCCCAACACGAGCUCCAAGAGGUCUGCAAGAAGCACAACAUCUCCUUGACCUCCUACGCCACGCUUGGUUCCCCUGGUCGCGUCAACUUUACGCUCAAGAGCGGAGCAAAACUCAACUGGGCCCCGGCACCUAGCGCUCUCGAGGACGCCGCGGUCGUCGAAUUGGCCAAGAAGCACAACAAGACCCCAGCCCAGGUGCUUUUGCGUUGGGCUAUGGACCGAGGGAUCGCCGUCAUUCCAAAAUCCGUGAAUGCGGACCGCAUCAAGCAGAACUUCGAGCUCUUCGAUUUCCAUCUAGAGAAGGAUGAAGUCGAAAAACUCAACAAAGUCUCCCACCAUCAACGUCUCUUCUUACAAGAUUUCAUGGAGGGCCACCCCGAAGAUGCAUUCGCCAACGAACGCCAGAAGGUG